AAGCUUAAAUUUCCGAUUUAUUUAGCGGCUUUAAGGGUCACUGCCCAAGCCCGACAGAUCGACACUUGCAGAGAAAGGGUCAUGGAGUUCGCCGGAAAAGAAGUGGUUGUCAUCUCCGGCUGUUCCGACGGAGGCAUAGGUCAUUCCCUCGCCCGAGCAUUUGCCGAUCAGGAUUGUUUGGUGGUCGCAACUAGUAGAUCUCGCUCCUCAAUGGCGGAUCUGGAGCACGAUCCCAGGUUUUUCUUACAAGAACUCGAUGUUCUCUCCGACCAAAGCGUUGAGCGAUUAACGUCUAUUGUCAUUGAAAAAUUCGGUCGGGUUGAUAUUUUGGUGAACAACGCUGGAGUUCAAUGUAUUGGCCCCAUAGCCGAGGUUCCUCUUUCAUCUAUGCAGAACGCAUUCAAUACCAAUGUUUUCGGGACCAUGAGAUUGAUUCAAGCGGUGGUUCCUCACAUGGUAUCACGAAGAAAGGGGAAGAUUGUAAAUUUGGGAAGUGUUACUGUAUUAGCACCUAUUCCAUGGGCGGGUGCUUAUACUGCCACUAAAGCUGCCAUUCAUGCCAUUUCUGACUGUCUGAGGUUGGAGCUGAAGCCGUUUGGAAUCGAGGUUAUCAACGUUGUCCCUGGAGCCAUUAAAUCAAACAUUGGAAACUCUGCCGUAGCCGGGUUUAAUCAGUUGCCUGACCUGAAGCUAUUCAAGCCAUAUGAAGCUGCAAUGCUGGCCAGAGCCAAUGCCUCACAAGGCCCCAAGGCCGCCCCCACAGCGGAGUUUGCAGAGAAGACGGUGGCCGCCAUUCUCAAAAAGAAGCCGUCGCCUUGGUUCUCAUAUGGAGGCUAUUCUACCCUCAUGGCACUUAUGUACCAUUUGCCGCUCUCCAUCAAGGACUUCAUUGUGGAAGCUAUGUCUAAACGAGUUUUGAAUAGCAACAAAUAGUUGUGUUAGUGACAUAUGCUUUUUCUUUAUUUUAGUUCAAUACAUGUAUGAAAAAAUUAAAUUAAUUAAAUAGUUAAA